GGGGGGCGGCGGCCGCGGGCAGUUUGAACCCCGCUGGUCGGAGCGGUGAGGUGAGGCUCGCUGGCGAGGAGUUCCGCGGUGAGCAACUCCGGCUGUCGGAUCCUGGGGCAGGGUUCCGUGAGGUUGCAGAUUACUUCUAAAUGCUUUACAAAUAAAACAGGAUGAGCUGGGCAUUGGAGGAAUGGAAGGAAGGUCUCCCUACAAGAGCUCUUCAGAAAAUUCAAGAGCUUGAGGGACAGCUGGACAAACUGAAGAAAGAAAAGCAGCAGAGGCAGUUUCAGUUGGACUCUCUGGAAGCUGCACUGCAGAAGCAGAAACAGAAGGUUGAAGAUGGAAAGACAGAAGGUGCAGACCUGAAAAGGGAAAAUCAGAGAUUGGUGGAAAUAUGUGAAAAUCUGGAGAAAACAAAGCAGAAGCUUUCUCAUGAACUUCAAGCUAAGGAGUCGCAAGUGAAUUUUCAAGAAAGUCAACUGAGCUCAUGCAAAAAACAAAUAGAAAAACUGGAACAGGAACUUAAGCGGUAUAAAUCUGAAUUUGAAAGAAGCCAACAAGCUGCGCAGUCUGCAGACGUCUCUCUGAAUCCAUGCAGUGCACCACAAACACUUUCUACAGCUUCUCUCACACCAAGUUCCAUGUAUGAAAAUCUAAAAGAGAAAUAUAAUAAAGAAGUUGAGGAACGGAAAAGACUAGAGGCAGAGAUUAAAACCUUGCAUGCUAAGAAAGUGAACAUGGCUGUUCCCCAAGCCACCAUGAAUCACCGGGAUAUUGCAAGACAUCAGGCUUCCUCAUCAGUAUUUUCUUGGCAACAGGAAAAGACCCCAAAUCGUCUUUCAUCCAGUUCUCUGAGAACCCCACUUAGGAGAGAUGUCUCUGCUGCUCACCCUUUGGGGGAAGAAGUGGUGACUCCUAACAGAUCAAGUCUGUGGGCAGGGAGAGGAGAUUGCGGUGGCAGCGGCCUCUGUGACGGUGCUCAGGGUGCUCAGCUUCUGCACCAGGCUAAAGCCCAGAAUCAAGACCUAAGAAGCAAGAUGAAUGAGUUAGAACUUCGCCUGCAAGAGCAAGAAAAGGAAAUGAAAGACCAAGCGAAUAGAUUCCAAGAGUUACAAGUACAACUGGAGAAAACGAAAGUGGAAUUAAUUGAAAAGGAGAAACAGUUGAGCAAAACCAGGGAUGAACUAGUGAGAACCACAGCACAGUAUGACCAGGCAGCAAUCAAGUGUACUACCUUGGAACAAAAGCUGAAACAUUUGACUGAGGAGUUGAGUUGUCAGCGGCAGAAUGCAGAGAGCACCAAACGGUCUCUGGAACAGAAAAUCAAAGAGAAAGAAAAGGAGCUUCAAGAGGAGCUGUCCCGACAACAUCGGUCUUUCCAAGCCCUGGACAACGAGUACACUCAGAUGAAAGCCAGACUUAGCCAGGAGUCACAGCAAGCCAAGCAUUCAGUCAGUGUCCUCCAGCUGGAACUGGAGAAGGUCGCAUCAGUGAAGCAGCAGUUGGAGAGAAGUUUGGAAGAAAUUGAGCAAAAGUUCAGCAGAGCAGAGCAAGCUCUUCAGGAGAGUCAGCGCGCAGAAAGUGAGCUGAGGAGAAGCAGCGAGGAAGUAAAGAAGGAAAACAGUCUCAUUAGGCGUCAGUCUGAGCAAAAGACCAGAGAAGUCUGCCACCUGGAGGAAGAGCUUGGUAAAGUCAAAGUGUGUUUGAGUCAGAGCCAGAAUUUCGCAGAAGAAAUGCGAGCCAAGAAUACCUCUCAGGAAAUCAUGUUACAAGAUCUUCAGGAAAAACUAAAUCAGCAAGAAAACUCACUAACUGUAGAGAAACUGAAGCUUGCGUUAGCUGAUCUGGAAGGGCAGCGAGACUGUUGUCAAGAUCUCUUGAAGAAAAGGGAGCAUCACAUUGAACAACUGAAGAAUAAGUUAAACAAGAUAGAAAAGGAAUGCGAAGCUUUGCUGAGUGCUUUGGAAUUAAAAAAGAAAGAGUGUGAAGAGUUGAAAGAAGAGAAAAAUCAGUUUUUGUGUUGGAAAAGUGAAAAUGAAAAACUUAGAAAUCAGGUAGAAUUAGAAAAAGAAGGCUUGCAGAGUGAAAUCAACCACUUAGAAGCCAGCCUCAAGACACAACAAAUAGAAAGUCAUGACUAUAGUGAGAAAGUAGGAACACUGGAGAUUGAAAGAGACAACCUUAACAUGGAGAUUAGAACCCUCCACAGCACGGUAGACAACAUGAUGGUGGAGCUUGAGACACAGAAGCAAGCCUACUUGGAACUGCAGCAGAAAGCUGAGCACUCGGAUAAGAAGCAUCAGAAGGAAAUGGAAAAUAAGUGCUUAAAAGCUAAUGAGCUCACCAGGCAAGUUGAAAGUUUGGAGUCUAAGCUUCAGUUACUGUCAGAGGAAGUAGUGACCAAAGACCAGCAGUACCAAGACCUGCAUGGUGAGUACGAGGCACUGAGGGAUUGGCUCAAAUCCAGAGGGUCUUCUCUCAUGGCAGAUGAGGGUAAUCGGGAAAUUUCUUUGGCGUCUGAACAGCACCCUGCAAAUCUAAUGGGGGAACAAGGAAGUGAACAUUCAGAAAGAGGUGACUGUUCUGUAGAAGGGGACCGAAGUCCAGAAAAUCUAGCCGUCUUACAAAAUAGAGUCAGUUCACUUGAAAGUCUAUUGGCGUCUCAAGACCAGAUGAACUUGGAUCUGCAAAAACGGUGUGAAGAGUUGCUACGGAUCAAAGGGGAAGUAGAAGAAAACCUAAUUAAAGCAGAGCAGAUUCAUCAAAAUUUUGUGGCUGAAACAAAUCAGUGCAUCGAUAAAUUGCAGGAAGACUGUGCAGCUCAUCAGAAUAUUGUUGCUGAAACUUUAGAAACUCUUGAGAUUAAGGAAAAAGAGUUGCAACUUUUGAAAGAAAAAUUAGAAGCUGAGCAAACAGAGAUUCAAGAAUUAAAGACCAGUAACUGUCUUCUUGAAGACACUCUGAAGGAGCUACAACUUUUAUCUGAAACCUUGAGCUCAGAAAAGAAGGAAAUGAAUUCUGUCAUCUCAUUAAGUAAAAAAGACAUUGAAGAGCUAACCCAAGCCAAUGGGGCUCUCAGGGAAGUGAAUGAGGCCUUACAGCAGGAGAAGGCGAGUCUGUUCCGGAAGCAUGAGGAGGCUGCAAGCUGUGUGGCAGAGCUGUCCGCUCGGUACAAGCAAGAACGAGUGUUGUUAUUACAGCAAUGUGAAGAAACAGAAACUGCAUUGGAAGAACUCAGGGGAAACUACAAAACAGCACAAGAAAACAAUGCUAAGUUAGAAUGCUUGCUCAGUGAGUGCACUGCUCUUUGUGAGACUAGGAAAAAUGAACUGGACCAGCUAAAGGGAGCAUUUGCAAAGGAAGAGCAAGAAUUCUUUAAAAAAUUAGCUUUUGCUGAAGAGCAAAAUAGGAAAUUAAUGCUAGUGUUAGAGAUAGAGCAACAAACUGUGAGAUCUGAGAUGACAAACAUGAAAAACCAUUCUAAGAGUGAGGCUGACGGCUUAAGGCAAGGAAGCUUGACUUUAAAGGAAGAGCAAAAUAAGCCACAGGAAGUUAGAACCCUGCCACAAGAGAGUGAGCAACUGAUGGAGUUAAUGCAGACUAAAUAUGGACAGUGUCAUCUCGAGGAAGAACCAGUUGAGAGCUCUGUAAAAGCAACAGAAGAUGAGAUAACCAGGAGUAGUUCCCAGUAUCAGAUGGAUGUUGACACCAAAGACAUUUCUCCAGAGAAUUACAAGGCACAACUGGUACAACUAGAAGCUUUGAUAAGAAUGAUGGAAAUAAAGCUUGACCAAAAUGAGGAGGAGAAAAAGAACCUGUGGCAGGAGUUACAGACAAUUAGAGGAGAAUUCGGAACUGAGAGUCCACAGGAUGCUCCCUUACAGCCAAGGGUUGGCCUUAAAGACUGUGAAACAGAAGCAGAAGAAAAGUAUGUGUCAGUGCUGCACGAGCUGUCAGCCAGCCAAAGUGAGAACGCACACUUGCAGCUCUCUCUCCAGACAGCACUGCAUGAGCUGAGUGAGCUGGGAAGAGUGUGCGAAGUACUGAAGGGGGAAAAGCUACAACUGGAGUCUGAGCUGAAUGACUCACGGUCAGAGUGUCUCACAGCAACUGGUAAAAUGGCAGCACAGGUUGAGGAGUCAGUGAAUGAAGUGAAAAUAGUAAACCGUGGAAACCAGAGUGAGCUCAUGAGAGAUAAGUCAGAUGUUGAGUUUCAUGAUAAGCACAACACAUCUAGGCUCUUGACUCCUUUGGACAGUGGCAAUUUCUGUGAACAAAUGACUUUGUCAAACAAAGAAGUCCGCAUGCACUUUGCUGAAUUACAGGAGAAAUUCUCCUGUUUACAAAGUGAACACAAAGUUUUACAUGAUCAGCACUGUGAGAUGAGCUCUAAAAUGUCUGUGCUGCGUUCCUAUGUUGACACAUUAAAAGCUGAAAACACUGUCCUGUCAAUGAAUCUAAGAACCCUGCAGGGUGACUUGGUAAAGGAGGGGAAGCCUGAGGCUGAGGACGGGCAUAUUCUGCCACUGUCACCCCAUGUGACAGACAGCCCUAGUCUGACAAAUUUUAAAGAGGCUUCCUUUUACAAAAUUGUUUCAGAACAAACUGGAGACACGUCUUAUCUAAGUUUAGGAGAGAGUGCUUCAGCAGAUCCUUGUAAUAUAGAUGAGGUGUCCUACAGCAGUCUGGAGGAGGGGACUCUGGCUGAGAAGGAAGUCUCGCCUGCCUCUGUGAGGACCGUUGAAGAACUUGAAGGCCUGUGUCAGGAGUACUUGCAGUCCCUCAAGAAUCUAGAAGAGAAAAUGGAGAGUCAAGGGAUUAUGAAAGAUAAAGAAAUCCAAGAGCUAGAGCAGUUACUAAACUCUGAAAGGAAAGAGCUUGGCUGCCUUAGGGAACAGUAUUUGUCAGAAAAGGAGCAGUGGCAGCAGAAGCUGACAAGCGUCACUUUGGAAAUGGAGUCCAAGUUAGCAGAAGAGAAGCAGCAGACAAAGAACCUGUCCCUUGAGCUCGAGGUAGCCCGGCUCCAGCUGCAGGAGCUGGACUUAAGCUCGAGGUCCCUGCUUGGCCCUGACUUGGACAGUGCUGUUCGGGGCCAAAAUGAUAGCUAUGAGGUAAAAGAAUCAGAAGUAUACAUUUCAGAGACAACAGAGGAGAUAGGACCAAAGCAGGAUUCUGAUCUGACCUGUGAUAAAGAUGUUCAACAGGACCUUUGUCUAGAGACUUCAGUCACUGAGACUGAGACUACCCGUCUCACAGGAGAGGGGUGUGAGGAGCAGUCCCCAGAGACCAGUUGUGAGACAACAGCAGAGGACAAAACCCAGGGCUAUUCAGAAUGCAUUUCUGAAUUGUUUUCUAGUCCUAAUGUUCUGGUACCCAUGGACGUUCUGGAAGAUCAGGGCUUGGUCCAGAAUCUCCAUUUGCAGAAAGACACAUCAAAUGAGAAUUUGCAAUUACUUCCUGCAGUAGAGGACUGGGACAAAAAAAUUGAAAGUUUGCUAAAUGAAAUAAAAGAGGCAGAUUCAAAACUCAGCUUACAGGAAGUACAGUUAAAGAUCAAGAUGGAAACAUGCACACAACUGGAAAAAAUAGUCAAGGACCUAAAGAAGGAUGAAUCUGACCUAAGGGAAAAAUUGGAAUCCGUUCCCUGUAACCAGGAGGGAUGCCCGAGAGUAGCAAGUUCAGAAUUAGACAUGAGAGCAAGUGAGCUGCUAAGGGAAGCCACUGAAGAUAACACAGCCAACACUGAGGACAGCUGGAAGGAGAAGGUCCUUGCUAUGGAAAAGGAGCUGACCAGGAUCCAGUGUGAGAAAGCUGAUACUGAACGUCACAUCCUCUCUGUGGAAGCUAACUUAGAGGUGGUUCAAGCCGAGAAGCUGUGUUUAGAAAGAGACACUACAAGUAAGCAGAAGCUCGUAGUUGAUCUUAAAGAGGAACUGUUUGCAGCCAUAAGUGAGAGAAACAGGCUUCGUGGAGAGUUGGAUACUGUGUCAGAAGAAAGCAAAGCACUGGACCAGAUGUCUAAGAAGAUGAAAGAGAAAAUAGAAGAGCUGGAAUCUCAGCGCAGCGAGAGCCUUGCUCACAUAGAAGCAUUGGAGUCUGAGGUCAAGGACAAGACAGAAGUCGUUCAGACUCUGUCCUUUACUGUGAGUGAGCUAGCAAAGGACAAAGCUCAUCUCCAGGAGCAGCUGCAGGAUUUGCAGAAUAACUCACAGGGAUUAUCGUUGGCAGUUGGUGACCUGGAAAUCCAAAUUGAACAACUGAAUAAAGAGAAAGAACUACUGGUCAAGGAGUCUCAAAACUUCGAGGUCAAGUUGACUGAGUCAGAAUGUGAGAAGCAGACCAUCUCCAAGGCCUUGGAGGUAGCACUCAUGAAGAAAGGUGAGUUUGCAGCACGGCUGAGCUCCACCCAGGAGGAGGUACAUCAGCUGAGAAGAGGCAUCGAGAAACUGAGUGUCCGCAUUGAGGCAGAUGAAAAGAAGCACCUUAGUGCUGAGGAGAAACUGAAAGAAAGCCAACGUGAAAAUGACGCAUUAAAGGAUAAAGUGGAGAAUCUGGAGAGAGAGUUGGAGAUGUCAGCAGAAAACCAGGAGCUGGUGAUUCUUGAUGCCGAGAAUGCCAAGGCAGAGGUGGAGGCCCUCAAGGCCCAAAUGGAUGAAAUGGCCGAAAGCCUGAGGACUUUGGAAUCAGACCUUGUCACAGUUAAGUCUGAAAGAGAAAACCUAACAAAGCAACUGCAAGAGAAACAAAGUCAAGUGUCAGAAUUAGAUGGACUGUGCUCCUCCUUUAGAAGCCUGUUAGAGGAAAAGGAGCACGCCAGAGUACAGAUGGAAGAAGACUCUAAAUCUGCAGUGCUGAUGCUUCAGACACAAUUAAAAGAGCUCAAUGAGGAAGUAGCAGCCAUGAGUAAUGACCACGAGACCUUGAGGGCCCAGGAACAGAGUCUGGACCAACCAGGGGAGGAAGUGCAUCGCUUGAAAAGCAGCAUUCAAAAGCUAAAGGUUCAUAUAGCUGCUGCCGAGGGGAAGCAGCACCGCAUCCUGGAGCAACUGAAGGGAAGUGAGCAGCGUGCAGACUCGCUGAAGGACAGAGUUGAGAACCUGGAGCGAGAGCUGCAGCUCUCAGAGGAAAACAAAGAGCAUGUGAUUCUCCAAGCUGAGAACUCCAAAGCAGAGAUACAGACUUUAAAAUCAGAAAUACAAGGAAGGGCCCAAAACCUCCGAGACUUGGAGUUAGAACUUACUAAUGCAAAGUCAGAAAAUGAACGUCUCAUCAAAGAAUUUAAAAAAGAGCAAGAGCGAGUAUCUGAAUUAGAAACAAUAAAUUCUUCGAUUGAAAACUUACUGAAAGAAAAAGAACAAGAAAAAGUACAGAUGAGAGAGGAAUCCAGAAUAACAGUGGAGAUGCUUGAAACUCAAUUGCAGGAGCUAAACGGGACAGUGGCUUCCUUGUGCAAUGACCAAGAGGCCUAUAAGACCAAAGAGCAAAAGCUGAGUAGUCAAGUAGGAACUCUCGAACGUGAGAAGGCUCAGCUGCUACAGGACCUUGGGGAGGCCAAGAGUCAGUAUGCUAUUGUUCAGUCAUCUGUAAAUGCCCUCAGUCAAGAAGUAGAAGCUGGCAAGCAGAAACUAGAGAAGACGGAGGAAGAGGUAAGGACACUGGAAGAUCAACUGAAAGGUCGAGAACAGCUCGAGUGUAAACUUUCCCAGGUGGAAGGAGAACAGCAACUGUGGCAGAAGCAGAAACUAGAGCUGGGAAAUCUGACUGUGGAGCUGGAGCAGAAGGUGCAAGUGCUGCAGGCCAAAAACAGUGCUGUGCAGGGUACCUUAGAAGCACUGCAGGCCUCCCACAAGGGCUUACAACGUGAACUCGAAUUGAUGAAGAUGGAGAAAUUAGCACUUGUUGAAAGAGUUAACACAAUGCUUGAGAAGGAAGCAGAGCUGCAGAAGGAGCUGCAUGAAACGAGGCAGAAGACAACAAGGAUGAAAGAAGAGUUCAGCAAAGAGACAACUAGUCUGACUGAAGAACUAAAGGUGCUGGCCGACGAGCUCCAGAGCACCAAGGUAAGCCAUCUUAAAUAUACGAAGAAGCUUGAGAAGGAAUUCCAACGUGCUCAAGGGAAAAUAAAGUUGUUGCUCAAAUCCUGUAAACAGCUGGAAGGAGAAAAGAAAACCUUGCAGAAAGAACUCUCCCAGCUUGAAGCUGCACAGAAGCAGAGAGCAAGUUCUGUCGUAGAUGGUAAUGUAGAUGAAUUAUUGGCUGAGAACAAGGAGCUGAAAGAGACUCUUGAAGAAAAAAUCAAGGAAGCAGAUAAGUACUUGGAGAAGUACUGCUCCCUGCUUAUAAGCCACGAAGAGUUGGAGAAAGCCAAAGAGAUACUAGAAAUACAGGUUGCUCGGCUGAGUUCACCGCAGUCCAGACAGCAUCUCCAGAGUUCUCCUCUGCUGACCUCUUCACUUCCAGGACCGUCUCUAACUGCUUCUGUCAGUCAGAAGAAGUCAACAUUGGUCCAAAAUAAAACUUCAGGCAAGAGGCAAAGGUCCAGUGGCAUUUGGGAGAAUGGUAAUGGGACAACAGCUUCUACACCAGAGACAUCUUCUAAAAAGAGCAGGAAAGUGGUCAGUAGUAGUGCUCACCUUGCUGAUGAUCAGGAGGAGACUGGGUUUGAGCCAGAAGGACUCCCAGAAGUCGUCAAGAAAGGGUUUGCUGAUAUCCCGACAGGAAAGACGAGCCCAUAUAUCCUGAGGAGAACAACCAUGGCUACCAGGACCAGCCCCCGCCUUGCUGCACAGAAGUUAGUGGGAUCCUCCUCAACUCUGGGCAAAGAAAAUAUUACAGAGUCCUCAAAACCAACAGCUGGUGGCAGCAGAUCACAAAAGGUCCAGGUUGUUCAGCAGAGCUCGGAGGAUUCACACACUGCCUUCCCAGAACUCCCAGCGAAGUCUCUCACAGCCACUAAUGUUUCUCGCAGAAACUCUGCAGAGAGCCCCAGGGAGGGCCUGAGGGCCAAGCGGGGCUACCCUGCCUCCAGCCCAGCUGCUGGGCCCCACCCUGCCAGCAGCGAAAACUGCCGGGUCCAGUGAGAUGUCAGGGACCUGAAAGGGGCAGUCUUCAAAUGAGCCUGUCUUUGGGGACUUGCCCUGAGCCAAGAGCGCUUUAUCACUGGAGAAUACCUGGCUCCCUGCGUGGUCUUCAGGUCUCCCAUAUGUAAGGCUGGAAAAGUUAGAAAGCGCCUAUUGCCGGGCAGUCCUUCUUCCUAACCAGGAGAGUCAGUGCUCGUGGUGGGGUGGAGGGCUGCCGCAGCUAAGUGCUUUGUCUGUGUGUGCAGUUCACAGGAGACAGCCCUGCAGCGAUCUCACUUAGGAUCUUCCCGUGUACAUCGUUAGGUAUGAAACAGCUGUAGAUCGAGAAUUUGAGCUGAGUAUAACAAGGAGAGCCUGUAUACA